CCUUGGGGCCAUGAGGACCUUCCUGGGCAGGCCCCUGGGUUUUGAGAAUGUGGCUUGGGGUUCUCGUGGCGGUGUGGGUACUGAGCACAGUCGUCCUGGGAGGUUCUCCUGCCUGUGGUCUUGGGAGUGGGGGACCCCGAGGAGCCGAACUGACAGGAGGCACUAGGUGCGGAGCAGAAGAAAGUGCGCUCAGCUGACAGAGCGGGGCUCACGACCCCUCCCGCCGCCCCAGCCAGGCCAGGGGGCCUGGUGUCGUGUGCCUGAGCACCCUGAGCCUCCUUUGCCACCAGAUGUUGGGAAGGACAGUCUGUCUCCCUCCCAGUCCCUCGAUGGAGACUUUGUAGGUGGAGCAGACAAGAGGGUGACCACUGCUGCUUGCCCACCCCCCGCAGCUCGGGGUGGGGGAGGGAGCUGGGGAGAAGCGCCACCUCCACCCUGGGUCCCCAGGCCAGCCAUUCGCCACACCUCCAGAGGGGUCUCUUCCCGAAACUCAGCUCACCCAGGUGUGGGGGUGGACGGGAGCUGUCGGACACAUUCGUGCAGGCUGGUGGCCGUCCAUCACCAGGUGGGAGGGCACAGCCACGGUGGCCCGAGCAAGGUGCGGGAGCCAGGAGGACAUGCCACGGUGAAGGACUGCCGUGGGCAGGUGCCAGGGCCUCUGGGAGGGCCCGCUGAGGACACACGAGCUCAUCCUGUGCACCGCUCAGGCCCACCGGCCUCCACGGGAGACGCUCUGGUCCCUUUGCACUCAUGAGAAGGGACGUGGUAUCUGUGUCCUUCCAGUUUCCUCAUUGGUGACCUCUCGUAGCACUGGGGGGUGUCGCACCAGGACGCUGACAGGGAUGGGAGUCCCCAGACAGGACCCCUGUGCUCUCUAUACCCACGCCUCCCCCUCGCUGGCUGCCACCCCUGUUCUCCAUUCCUACCCUGGCUAAAAGAGCUUCCUAUAGAGGAAUCUGACCAUGUGGCCCUCUGGCUGGAUCCGCACUAGCUCCCGGGGCUCAUGCGAGCGUUCCCUGUGCGGGUCCUGACCUGCCCCUGCAGUUAGAUGGCUCAGCCCCACCCACAAGGAUGGCGGGACCCCAGUCCUCAGAUAAACACCCGGGAGCUCGGCUGUUCCUGUCGUCCGACGUUCCCGCCAGCAGAGUGAGGAGCCCUGAGGUCCCCCCCAUGCUCGCCAUGCGGUGUCCUCACAGAUGUGGCUAGGAUUCUGGAAGUUGGUGCGUCUCCCCGUGGCUAGUGCUGGGGAGCACGUCUUCGUUCUAGCCGGCUGGAUGUGCGUUUCCACGACAACCAGUGAUCUCUUCAUCCUCACCCGUGCUUACUGUCCAUUGGCGUCAUCUUUGGAGGAAUGCCUAUUCCGAUUCUGUGUCUCGGUUUCACUUAGGUCGUCUGAGUUGUAAGAGUAUGUUGUAGAAGCCAGUCCCUUGUUGGAGAAGGGAUUUGCAAAUGCUUAUUCCCAUUUUGUGGGUUGUAUUUUCACUUUCUGGAUGGCGACCUUGCAGCAACAAAAGAUUUAAGUUUCUGGGAGGUCCGCUCUUUUGUCUUUUGCUUGUGCUUUGGAGGGUCAUAUCCAAAAAUCCUUUGGUGAAUCUAGGUCCUGAAAGUAUGCCCAUUUUCUUCCAAGAAUUUUAUCAUCUUGACCUUAGGUUAUUACCUAUUUUGAGUUAAUUUUUGUAUUUGUUACGUGCUUAGUGUCAACUUCAUCCUUUUGCAUGUGACUCUCCAGUUAUCCCAACACCAUUAUUGGGAAGAUAGUUCUUUUCUCGUUGUAUGGUCUUGGCACCUUGGUUGAAACUCAGUUGGCCACAGAUGUCUGGGGUUAUUUCUGGGCUCAGUAUCCCUCUGUUUCUUGCUUGUUGCUUUGUAGGACAUUUGAAGUUAGAAAGUGUGAGUCCUAGACUACAUCAAAAUAAAAAGCUUCUGCACGGUGAGGGAAACAGCCAACAAAACUAAAAGCCUGCAGAAUGGGUGGAGAUACUUGCAGAUGAUAUAUCCAAUAAAGGAUUAGUGUCUAAAGUAUAUAAAGAACUUACUCAACACCCAAAAAAAAAAAAACCUUACAGUUUAAAAAUGGUCAGAAGACAUGAACAGACAUUUCUCCAAAGAAGACAACCAUAUCGCCAACAGACACAUGAAAAGAUGCUCCACAUCACUGAUCAUCAGGGAAAUGCAAAUCAAAACCACAAUGAGGUACCACCUCAUACCUGUCAGAAUGGCUAAAAUUAACAAAACGGGGAACAACAGCUGUUGGGAGGAUGUGGAGAAAGGAACCCUCAUGCACUGUUGGUGGAAAUGCAAGCUGGUGCAGCCACUCCGGGAAACAGUGUGGUUUCCUCAGAAAGUUAAAGGUAGAGCCAUCCUACAUCCCAGCAAUUGCACUACUAGGCAUUUACUCAAAAAAGACAAAAGCACGAAUUCAAAGGGAUACAUGCACUCCUAUGUUUAUUGCAGCAUUAUUUACAAUAGCCAAACUGGAAGCAGCCCAAGUGUCCAUUGCCUGAUGAAUGGAUAAAGAAAAUGGUGUAUAUAUAUUCAAUGGGAUAUUAUUCAGCCAUAAAAAAAGAACUCUUGCCAUUUGCAAUGAUGUGAAUGGAGCUAGAGGAUACGCUAACUGAACUAAGAAAGACACCAUAGGAUUUCACUCCUAUGUGGAAUUUAAAAAAGGAAAAGAGACAAACCAAAAAAGACUCCUCCUAACUAUAGAGAACAAAUAUGUACCUGAGGGGAGGUGGCCAGAGGAUGGGGGAAGUAGGUGAAGGGCCAAGUACACUUUUCUUGAGGAGCACUGAGCGAUUUAGAAGCAUUGACUCACUUACACUGUAUGCCUGAAAAUACAACACAUUUAACUACACUGGAAUUUGUUAAAAUGUGAGUCCUAAUGGAUUCUACAUUUUCAAGGUUGCUUUGACUAUUCUGGGUCCCUUGUAAUUGCAUAUGAAUUUUAGAAGUAGCCUAUCAAUUCUUACAAAGAAGUAGUCAGGAUUCUGAUAGGAAUAGCAAGGAAGCCUUAGAUCAGUUUGGGGAGUGCUUUCUGAACCACCUUAGGCCUUCUGAUCCAUGAAUAUGGGAUGUUUGCCCAUUUAUUUAGACAUUCCUUAAUUUCAACAGUGUUUUGUAAUUUUCAGAGUAUAAAUUUUGAGCGUCCUUUGCUAAACUGAUUCCUAAGGACUAUUUUUUGGUGUCAUUAUGAAUGGCAUUUUCUUUAUUUCAAUUUUGGAUUAUUACAGAUUUAUAGAGAUACAAUUGAAUCUUUACCCAAAGUAUAAUUCACAUACAAUAUCCUGUUAGUUUCAGGUGAUGUCAUUUGUAUACAUUAUGAAAUGGUCCCCAUGAGUCUACUUACCAUCUGUCACCAAAGUUAUUAGAAUAUUAUUGACCGUAUUCUCUAUGCUGUACAUUACAUACUUGUGACUUACUUAUUUUCUAACUGGAAGUUUUAUGCCUUUAAUCCCCUUCAUCUAUAUAACCCCCUCCCCAUCCCUCCCUCCUCUGGUAACCAGCAGUUUUAUCUUUGAAGCUGUUGUCAUGUUGUGUUUUGGGUUUUAGAUUUUUUACAAUUUGUUUUGUAGUUUCUCAAGGAACCUCCACUCCAUGGAGUGGCUGCACCAAUUUGUGUUCCCACCAACAUUGCACAAGUGUCCCAGUUUCUCCACGUCCUUGCCAACACUCGUCAUAAUAUUUUUUUCUUUUUGAUAUUAGCAAUUCUGACAGGUGUGAGGUGGUAUCUCAUUGUGGUUUUGAUUUGUAUUUCCCUGAUGAUGAGUGAUGUGGAGCAUCUUUUCAUGUGUCUGUUGGCCAUCUGGACAUCUUCUUUGGAGAAAUAUCUAUUCAAAUCCUCUGUCAAUUUUUAAAUCACGGUAUUUGUUGUUGGGUUUGUUUUUUUUUUUUAGAUUUUAUUUAUUUAUUUGACAGAGAGAUAGCAAGAACACAAGCAGGGGGAGUGGGAGAGGGAGAAGCAGGGAGCCUGAUAUGGGGCUCGAUCCCAGAACCUUGGGAUCGUGACCUGAGCCGAAGGCAGACGCUUAACGACUGAGCCACACAGGCACCCUGUUGGGUUUUUGGGUUUUUUUUUUUUUAUUGUACAUGUUCUUUAUAUAUUUUGGAUAUUAACCCCAUAUUUGGUUGUGUGAUUCGCAGAUAUCUUUUCCCUUUCAGUAGGCUGCUGUCUUUAUGUUUUGUUGAUAGUUCCUUCCUGUGCACAAGCUUUUUAGCUUGAUGCAGUCUCAUUUUAGCUUUUGUUGCCCUUGCCUGAGGAGACUGGUCCAAAAAAUAUUGCUGAGACCUAUGUCAAAGAACUUACUGCCUGUGCUCUCCUCUGGGAGUUUUAUGGCUUCGGGUCUCAACAUUUAGGUCUUUCAUCCAUUUUGCAUUUAUUUUUGUGGAUGGUGUAAGAAAGUGGUCCAGUCUCAUUCCUCUGCAUGUGGCUGUCCAAUUUUCCCAACACCAUCUGUUGAAGAGACUGUCUUUUCCCCCAUUGGAUAUUCUUGCCUUCUAUGUUAUAGGUUCAUUGACCCCAUAAAUGUGGGUUUAUUUCUGGUCUCUCUAUUCAGUUCCAUUGAUCUGUGUGUCUAUUUCCUGCCAGUACCAUACUGUGUUGAUUACUUUGAUUACUUACUUGCUUUGUAGUAUAGUUUAAAAUGUGGGAGUGUGAUACCUCUAAGUUUUGUCCUUUCUCAAGAUUGCUUUGGCUAUUUGGGAUCAACAAUUGAUUUUUAUAUACUGAUCUUGAGUCCUCCAACCUUGAUGAACUAAUGUACCAGUCCUAAUUAUUUUUGCUGCUUUUAGGAUUCUGUCUUUGACUUUUAGCAUUUUUGUAUAUGUCUGUUUGCGGCUCUGUCUGUAAAUAUCCUAGUUGGAGUCCAUUGAGCUUCCUGAAUGUAUAAGAGGUUUUUGUUUUCAACCUAGGAAGUUUGCAGCCAUGCCUUUUUUGAAAGUUCUCUCUCCUCCUGGUAUUUCCAUUAUGUGUAUGUUGGGGGCAGUUAAUGUGUUCCAUAUUUCUUGGAGGCUCUGUUCUUUUUUUUUUUUUUUUUCCUCUAUUCUUCAGCUAGCAUAAUAUCCUGUGAUCUGUCUUCAAGUUCACCAAUUCUCCUGCCAGUUCAAAUCUUCUGGUCAGCCCCUGAAGUGAAUUUCCUCAUUUCUGUGCUUUAUGGAUGUUCUCUACUUGAUGUGACCUUAUCAUUAAGGCUUCCUUUACUUCUUUAGUCAUGCUCUCCUUUAGUCAUGAACAUAUUUAUAAUGGCUACCUUGAAGUCCUUGUGAGAUAUGUCAUCUAGUCACUCUCAUAGGCAGUUCCUGUUGCCUGCUUUCUUCCCAGUAUCUGGGUCAUACUUUCCUCUCUUUGUGUGCCUGGUUAUUUUUUGUUGGAAAUCGGGCAUUUUUAAUAAAAUACUGUAACAAUUCUGGGUCCAAGGCCAACACCCCCUCUCCUCCGGGGCUUCUUACUGUUAUUUGCUUGUUUGCCUGGGGACUGGCUAGACUAUUUUGGUGAAGUCUGCUCCUUUUCCCCUGCAGUGCUCAGCCUCUGGUGCUUUUCCUCUGGGAGGUACAUAGGUAUGUCCACAGUCACCCUGGCCUGCUCUCUAGGCUGUGGCUUCAUUGGCUCUGUGAAUCUCCUCCCAGAUGCCUUUGACCACAACCUCCACUGUCCCGAGGGCACCCUCGGGUUGAAACUUCCCGAUGCUCUAUUGCAAGGGAAGUCAGUUCCUAUGGGAAGAGAUUGGGAGCUAUCCACUUCAUAGCCUGGCAAAAUCUCAGCCAGGGCUCAAAGCAAGCUUGUGAGAGACACCCCCAAUCUGGGCGCUGAGCACUCAGUGGAGGGGGGACAGGAUUGGAUUGGAGCCACGGCCUUGAGCUGGGAGAGGGGCCACUGGAUCGGCAUAUUCAGCAUGCCAGGCCCAAGGUAGAGUCUCCCUCCCACAAGCGGGGGCUAAACAGAGAAAGGGAACCCCACCUCGGUCACACUUGCCUGGGACUCAGCCUCAGCAGCAGGUGUCAGGACAGGAUAGGAAAUGCUAAGUGACUGGGGACCUAUGUUCUUGGCCCCAGCAGUUGGGUAGGUUCUCUAGCUUGGUGAGCGGGGAGAGGGGAGGGAAGGAGCAGCUUGGCUCAUAAACCACUGAUUCUGCUUUCUUUUGAACUUCGAAACAGGGCACCUGGGUGGCUCAGUCACGUCCAACUCUUGGUUUCAGCUCAGGUCAUGAGAUCAAGCCCCACAUUAGGCUCUGCACUCUGUGCAGAGUCUGCUUGAGGUUCUCUCCCUCUGCCCCUCCUCCCAUACACAUGUGCUCUCUCUCUCUCUCUCAAAUAAAUAAAUCUUUAAAAAAAUAAAUAACUUGGCACCCAUUUUCUUCAAUAGCUCUUUCUUCAUUUGUUUGCCCAUCAGACCAUUUCCAAGAGCUUUAACUGUUUGUUGUAUUAUUUCUACCAGUUUCACUGGGAAGCUGGCCAGUGGAGCGCCUCGUGCUUUCAUUCUAGAAGUCUGGCUGCCCUUAAUUCUUUUCUUGCCUCACUGUGGGGUUAGAACCCGCAGCCCUGUGUUGAAAACAGGGGCAGGAGCUGAUGCCCUUUUCUUGCCUCAGCCCUAGAGAGCAUUCAGUCUUUCACCAUCAAGCACAGUGUUGGCUGUAAGGCUUUUGCAUAUGAUCUUAAUCAAGUUCAUUUUAACUUGCUGAGAAGUUUUUAGCAAUCUGAAUGGCUGUUGGAUUAUGUCAUAUGGGUUAUGUGUCAUUCAAUACGAUCACAUAAUUUUUCUUCUUUAGCUUGUUGGUAUGGUGGAUUAUACGAAAUGCUUUUCAAAUGUUGAACCGUCCAUGCACACCUGGAAUAAAUUCCAUCUGGUCAUGGUUGUAUAAUUCUUUUUAUACAAUGUCAGAUUUGAUAUGCCAAUAUUUUAUUGAGAUUUUUUGUGCCUAAGUUCAUGGGAGAUAUUGUCUGUAGUUUCUUGUUUUUUGUUUGUUUCUGGUACUGUCUUUGGUUUGGGUAGUAUUUAAAUUUGUCUCAGGAAAUGAGUUAGGAUGUGUUCCUUCAUCUUCUGUUUUCUAGAAGAAAUUGCUUAAAAUUGAUGUUAAUUCUACUUUACAUGCUUGGUAGAAUUCUUCAGUGAAAUCAUCUGGGCCUGAACAUUUCUUUGGGGAAGGUUUUAAAUGAAAAAUUCAAUUUCUUUCAUGGUUCCAGGACUGUUCAGAUUAUCUACUUCAUUUUGCUUGCUCGAAUUUGGUAGAUUUUAAUUUUCUUCUUGCCUCCAGAGAUUUCAAACAUCACUCUGGCACUCCCAGAAACAGAACCUUACCAGCCGUCUGGGCAUCCUGUGGCCCAGUCAGGCUGACACAGAAUUAAGCAUCCAGCUGCCAGGGCACUUCUGAUACUGGGCAUUUGUGUCUUCUCUCUUCUUAAGGUUGUCAGUCUUGCUAGGGGUUUGUCAAUCUUAUUAAAUUCUUCUCAGAACCAUUUUGUUUGUUUCAUUGAUUUCCUAUUUUCAAUUUCAUUGAUUUCUGCUCUUGACUUUAUUAUUUCCUUCUUUCUGCUUGUUUUGAUUUUAUUUUGCUCUUCUUUUCCUAUUAGGAAAAGAAGGAAUUUCAAUGAUUUUGAGGUCUUGCCUCUUUCUGAUGUGCUAUAAAUAUCCCUCUCACCACUGCUUUAGCUGUAGACCACAUACUUUGAUGUUUUGUAUUAUUUUUAUUUGGUUCAGUUCUGUGUUUUUAAAAAAACGCCCCGAGGUACUUCCCCUUUGACCUAUGGAUCAUUUACAAGGGUGUGGUUUUCUUCCCAGUGUUUGGAGAUUUUCCUGUUGUCUUGCUGUGAUUGAUUUUGUUGGAGUCCAUUGUGGUCUGAAUACAAACACUGUGAUUUCAGUUAUUUUAGAUGUGUUGAUGUUUGUUUUAUGGCCCAAGGUUUGAUCUCUCUUGGGAAAUGUUCCCUACUUUGAACAUAGGAGCACUCUGUAUUGCUGGGUGGACUACCCUGCGGGAUGCUGUGGGCGGGCGGAUGGCAUGGGUCUCCUACAUCUGGGCUGGUUUUCUGUCUAGUGGUCCUGUGGGUUGUCGAGGGGACAAAGUGAAGUCCUCAACCAUACUUGCAGGUACGCCAGUCUCUCCUCAGCUCUGCCAGCUUCAGCCUCGUGUAUUUGAGGCUCUAAUAGUUGGUGUGUGCACAUUUAGGAUUGUUAUGUCUUCCUGGUGGACCGAUCAUUACCUCUAAUGUGUCAUCACAGAAUGUCAGUCUGUCGCCACUUACUUCCUUUGCUCAAAAGUCUACUUUCUCGGAUAUUAACCGGCCACUCCUGCUUCUUCAUUUUGUUGUUGUUUUGUGUUUGAUUACUAUUCAUAUUGUGUAUCUUCUUCUCUUACUUUCUCCCAGUGCACCUACGUCACUGAAUUUGAAGUGACUUUCCUAUAAACAGCAUAUAGUUCAGUCUGCCUUUUUUGUCCACUCUGCCAGUCUUUGCCUCCUAAUCUGUGAGUAUACGUUUUAACGUAUUUAAUGUAAUUUGUAUAUUUAGCCUAUUUACGUUUAUGUGUGUUAAGGCCAAAAGUCUGCCAUUUUGUUAUUUGUCUUCUCAUUUGCCUCUGUUUCUUGUUCUUUUGUUUCUCUCAUCUUGCUUUCCUGUGGACUCUGAACAUUUUUUUACAAAAUUUUAUUUAUUUAUUUGAGAGAGAACAUGAGCAGGCUCCCCGCAGAGCAGGCCAACAUGGGACUCAGUCCCAGGACCCUGAGAUCAUGACCUGAGCUGAAGGCAGAUGCUUAAUCGACUGAGCCAUCCAGACACCCCACCUGAGGACUCUGAACAUUUUGAAGGACUCUAUCUUGACUUUAUAUAUAGAGUGGUUUGGGGGUGUGUCAUCUUGUAUUGUCUUCUUUUUUUAGGGUUUAUUUAUUUAUUUGACCCAGAGAGAGAGAGAGGGAGAGAGCAAGCACAAGCAGGGGGAGCUGCAGAGGAAGAGGGAGAAGCAGGCUUCCCCCUGAGCAGGGAGCCUGAUGCAGGACUCAAUCCCAGGACUCUGGGACCAUGAGCUUAGCCGAAGGCAGACACCCAACCAACUGAGCCACCCAGGCGCCCCUUGAGUGGUCUUCUUAGAGUUUGUUCUGGGUAUGGAAACACACUCGCGUGCAGGUCCUCACAGUCAGCUGCCCGCAGUGUGUGCACUUCAGGUUACGUGUGCAUACUGCUUCCAUGUUGGUUGCUUUGCCAUCCCUGCUUUUCAGUAUCCUCUCGAAUGUCAGCUGGUGUUAACACUUGUUUCUCUCAUCACACGUGCCACCAGGCACUCAGGAGAAGGAGUGCCCACUGUUGUGCCCGUCUCUCUGCCCUUCCCAUGCUCCUUCUUCCCUCCCAAUGCCCAAGAGGCCACCCUUAUCAUGUCCAUCCUUGUGGAGAGACGCGCUAUACCUGGGCUUGCGGGGCAGUCUGCCAGGGCUGGAGCCUUCAGUGUCCCCUGGCUCAGAGUGCAUUUCUCCUUUGUUCUUGUGUGUGUGCACGGGCGCGUGGCUGAAGCGAGUGUCUUCCUCCUCGAAUGAUGCUCGCUUUCAACACUUGGAAAACAUGGCGCCGCUUCCUUCCGGCUGCUGGCUCUGGAUCGGAAGUGCACUGUGGUUGUCCUCAGCGUUCCCUGUGGGUCUCGUGCUCAUCUCUCUGGCUGCUUCCGUGAAACGUCCUCGGUGCUCAGAAGUUACAGCUCAAGUGGCCGGAUGUAGAUUUCCUUGGAUGUAUCGUAUUUGAGAUUUGCUCAGGUCCUUGAAUCAAAGUCUCUCUCUUUUGCCUAAUUUGGGGAGUUUCAGCCAUCAUUUCUUUGAAUACUCUUUUCAACUGCUCACCCCUGCCACUCUUCUUAUGGGACUCUGGUUAUGUGAACAGUGGAUCUUGUGUUGUUAUCCCACAGGUUCCUGAGCCUCUGUUCAAUGUUUUUCCCCAAUGUUUUUGUUCUCGUUGUUGUUAAUAGGUUGAGUACUUUCUGUGGACCCAUCUUCAGCCUCACUGGGACAUCCUCUGUCAUUUCUGGCCACAGAUAAGCCGCUCAGCAAGUGUUUCCUUUCAGUGAUUCUGUAUCAUAUUGUGAUUUUGGUUUGCUUCUGUAUUAUGUCUGUUUCUUUGCUGACAUUUUCCAUUUGCUACAAGAUGAACUGUUACUCCUUAUGGAACCUCUUCAAUUACGACUGAUUUAAAAUCCUUGUCAGAUAAUUCCAGCAUCUCCACCUCAGUUUGGGCAUCAGUUGAUUACUCUUUCUUAUUCUAGUUGUGACUUUCCUGAGUCUUGGGUUCUUCCUUGAGUUUCCUGGUAUGACAGGUGAUUUUUUUAUUGUCUCCUGAACAGUCAGGCUAUUAUGUUCACAUUUUGUAUUUUAGGAGGUGGUCAUCCUGUUUGGACUCAGCAGGCAGGUCCUGGGCUACUCUAGUGGCCUGUGGUUUCAGUGACAGUGGACCGUGCAGAGGUCCCUGCUGGGCCAUCCUGGGCCUCUGGAUGGGGGCGGGGUAUCUGGCCCCUAGGAGGCGUACUUCCCCCCCACACCCUUGGGGCCUCUCGGUGGGGCAGGGGGGCCGGUGAGCCGGUGAGCCGGGUGGGGAAGGAGUGGGCCUCUCCUUGAUCCUCCUGCCGGUUCUAGCAGACCCCCCACCCAGAGUCGUCAGUGGGACUCCAGCCUCACAUGGGGAUGAAUACGUCUACCUGGUCCUCUUCCUGGUAGCAGGCUGGGGGUCAGGAAACGUGGUCUCGGACCCCCUUAUGUCGGUCUGCUCUGUUCCUCCAGCCUGGGGACCCUCACCACGUCACCUCACUCUUUUCAUGUGUGAGAGUUCUGUUUUGGUUGUCUCUGAUUUCCUGCGUUUAUUGGUAGUCGGGAAAAGCAGAGACAAGCCUAGGCCAGCCACCUCGUCCAGACUAGAAGCCCCUCAGGGCAUGCUGAAGGGCUUUUGGUUUCUGGAAAGUGUGUGCAGGCCAGAUGGUAGGGGGUCAGCAGAGCAGUGGGAACCGUGAAGGACUCUGCUACGGCCACGGGCGAAGGGCCAUGGGAGGAGGCAACUUAGAAGAGCCUGGGAGGUGAGGAUGAAGGUGUGGGGGAAGGGGAGGAAGAGGAGGGUCCCCAACAGAGGGAUAGAUGGACGGAUCUCCAGCAUUUCCAGCGACUGAGAGGGGUGCAGGAUGCAGGGCUCAGGCUGGGCGUGGCGGGGCUGGUGCCCAGCGCAGGCAGGGAGCCAGCUCUGCGGUGCGUCCAGGGCAGCGCCCGCAGGAGACAGGGUUGGGGAGACUCCCCGCCCCCCCCCCACGACAAUGACCAAUCUGAUUCCCUGCCCCCGCCCAGCUCUGGGAUGGCGACAAUGGCCAUCUGUCUCCCGGAGCCGGAGCCUGGCACUGGGCGGGUGCGAGCGCGGGAGGGCCCGGGUGGAAGCAAGGGCACGGCUCAAGGAGGCUCGGGAGGGCUUGCAGCCCUGAGGGGGGGCGCGGGCGGCCGCCGAGGCGGAGGAAAGCGUGGUUCUCCUCUUCCUCCCGCCCCGGUGUCCGGGAGCCGAGCUGCGGGGCGCACGGGACCGGUCCGCCCAGCUCCCCCGGGGCUGCCGUUCCCGCCGCGCCGGCUCCGGUCUCCGGUUUCCAUGGAGCCGGGAGGCGGUUGCCACGGAGACCAACGUGCGACGGCCAGCCAAUCAGCGUGGAGCUGCGGCUCCAGCUCACCUCCUGGAUGGAGGCAAGGGGGACGCAGGAGGCCGGGCACCAGGACGGCGCCGCCACCUCCCCCAGGGCGCCGAGGCCGCCGUGCCCCGCGUGCCGGCGACCCUCCCCAACCCCGCCUCGUCCAGGCCCGGCUUAGGGGCGAUGUCCCCUGGGGUCCGGCCAGCUUCCGACUGGUCCCCGAGCCCCCUCGCGUUCAGGGGGGAAUGCUGCGGGAAAGGCGGGGCCGCGCAGCGCGGAAGGAGGGCGCAGCCCCGGUCGGGGGAAGGAGGGAGGCCGCCCCCCGCCACGGCGCUCCGCAGUGCUUGGGGCGCACGCGCACGCUCGCUCGGGGCGCCGGGCGGGCGGGGCGGUGCUGACGUCAUCCGAUGACCCACCCACCCCCUACCCCCUGGCCGAGGGGCGGUGGCCGCGCAGGCUCCGCCGGACGGACGCGCGGACAGACCGGGCACCGAGGGAAGGGCGCACGGUCAGGCCAUGCCCGGGGAGGCUGCCCGUGCCGAGCCGCUGCUGCCGGAGGCGGGCAGGCCCGGGCCCCGCACAGAGUCGUCCUGUGAUGUGGCCGCGGCCACCACCCCGAGAGGGGACCGGCUGGAGCACUGUGCCCUGACCCCCGGACCCAGCGCCUUGGCCCUGGAGUUUCUGCCCAGCAAGCCGGGCACCCGGCCCCCGCCGGACGGAGCCAGCUGGGAUGCAGGGCCGGGCGGCACCCCCUCGGCGUGGGCGGUGCCUGCAGAAGGCAGCCCCAGCCCGGGCUCCCCCGAGGCCCAGCCCACCGGGGGUCCUCCCCCAGCCACCCUGGAGCCCCGGAUCGUGAUGGGUGAGGAGACCCGCCAGGCGCCCCCGCCAUCCAGGGCAGCCCUGCCAGAGCUCAGGGACCAGGAGGGUGGGCACCCCAGCCUGGACCCACCCCCCGAGUUGUGUUCUCAGGGUGACCCUCCUGUGCCUUGCCCUGCCCCAGACCCUGACUCCUACUUCACACCGCCCUCCACCCCCACCGAGAGCGCCUCUGCCCUGCUCCUUGGCCCCGGGCCCCGCAGGGAGGCCCGGGACACCCCAGCCGAGCCAGGGGACUCGCCGCCCGCCUCACCCUCGGGCUCCUACAUCACGGCAGAUGGGGACAGCUGGGCCUCGUCCCCGUCCUGUUCCCUGAGCCUGCUGGCCCCGGCCGAAGGGCUGGACGUCCCCUCAGGCUGGGGCUUCUCCCCAGCGGGCUCUGUGGCCGACGAGCAGGAGUCGUCUCCCACGGGGCCCCCCGGCCCCCCGUCCCCAGAGUCCAGCGUCUCGGCCGACAGCAGCUCCUCCUGGGGCCAGGAGGGCCACUUCUUCGAGCUGGACUUCCUGGCCAACGACCCCAUGAUCCCCGCUGCCCUCCUGCCCUUCCGAGGCAGCCUCAUCGUCCAGGUGGAGGCCGUGGAGGUGACGCCGAGGGCCCCCGAGGACGAGGAAGAGCAGGAGGAGGAGGUCCCUGUCCCUGGAGGGGACCCAGCCGGGGAGGGCGAGGACGACAGCACGUUCGCGUCCUCCCUGCAGUCCCUGUCUGACCUCUCCAUCACCGAGGGCAUGGACGAGGCCUUCGCCUUCCGGGACGACACCUCGGCAGCCUCUUCCGACCCCGACUCGGCCUCCUACGCGGGGGCAGACGACGAGAGGCUGUACAGCGAGGAGCCCCACGCGCGGCCCGCUGCCCUGCACCAGGACAGCCCUGGCGAGCCUGCUCCCGCCGCCGCCGAGCAGGGGGCUGGCCGAGCCACCACGCGCCAGGAGCCCGGCGCCCAGGUCCCCGGGGCGGGCCAGGCCUCCGCCGCCGCCACCGCCGCAGCCCCUCACACCCCGCGGGAAGCCCCAGGCCUCCCCGGGGGGAGCCCUCAGGCCUGGGGGGAGGAGGCAGGCUCCCUGUCGGGUCCAGCACCUGCUGCCGCGGGCAGAGCUCAGCCCUUCCGGGAGGAUGACAGCGCGGCCUUGGGCCCGGGGCCUUGGACCGCCCCGGAAGAGGGAGCCCUCACGCCAAGCCCAGAUUCUCUGCAGAAGCUGGAGAAAGAAGCAGGCCAGGACCCUGACUCUCUGGCCACACCCCUGCCCCUGCAGGACGCAGGCCUCCCCUCAGGCCAGGUGACCCCCGCUGGGGCCAGGCUUGAGACCCUGCAGAAGGAUGCGGGCUGCCUGCCAGGGAUCGAGCCUGUGGUCACUGCAGCCCAGCACGAAGGACGAGUGACCUUGGAACUGGGACCAGCCCCUGAGGCGAGGGACGCAAGCUGCACUGGAGGCCCGGAGCCUCCAGCCUGGGACCAGGCCCAGCUGGAUGGCCUGGAGCCAGCUGCAGAUGCUGGGACACCCUGGGCCUCAUGGGGAACUGCAGGCGCCUCCAAGCCUGACAUGGAGGCCCUAGAUUCCCCCAAGCCUGCCACAGAGGCUGUGGAACGCCCUGGGCCUGACAUAGAGGCCACAAAUUGCCCCAAGCCUGUCACGGAAGCCCCAGAACACCCAGAACCUGCCACAGAGGCUGUAGAAUGCCUGGAGUCUGCCACAGAGGCCCCGGAACAUUCUGAGCCUGCCACGGGGGCCCCAGAAUGCCCAGAGCCUGCCAGGGAAGCCCUGGAACAUUGUGAGGCUGUCACGGAGGCCCCGGAACAUUGUGAGCCUGCCACAGAAGCCCCGGAAUGCCCAGAGCCUGCCACAGAGGCCCCAGAACACCCAGAACCUGCCACAGAGGCCCUGGAACAUUGUGAGGCUGUCACGGAGGCCCUGGAAUGCCCAGAGCCUGCCACGGAGGCCCCGGAAUGCCCAGAGCCUGCCAUGGAGGCCCUGGAACAUUCUGAGCCUGUCACAGAGGCCCCGGAAUGCCCAGAGCCUGCCAUGGAGGCUGUAGAAUGCCUGGAGUCUGCCACAGAGGCCCUGGAACAUUCUGAGCCUGCCACGGGGGCCCCAGAAUGCCCAGAGCCUGCCAGGGAAGCCCCAGAACAUUGUGAGCCUGCCACAGAGGCCCCAGAACAUUGUGAGCCUGCCAUAGAAGCCCUGGAACAUUCUGAGCCUGCCACAGAGGCCCUGGAACGUUCUGAGCCUGCCAUGGAGGCCCCAGAACACCCAGAGCCUGCCACGGAGGCCCCGGAACACCCAGAGCCUGCCACAGAGGCCCUGGAACAUUCUGAGCCUGCCACGGGGGCCCUGGAAUGCCCAGAGCCUGCCACAGAGGCCCCAGAAUGCCCAGAGCCUGCCAUGGAGGCCCCGGAACAUUCUAAGCCUGCCACAGAGGCCCCGGAAUGCCCAGAGCCUGCCACAGAGGCCCCAGAACACCCAGAACCUGCCACGGAGGCCCCGGAACAUUGUGAGGCUGUCACGGAGGCCCCGGAAUGCCCAGAGCCUGCUACGGAGGCCCCAGAAUGCCCAGAGCCUGCCAUGGAGGCCCCGGAACAUUCUGAGCCUGCCACAGAGGCCCCAGAAUGCCCAGAGCCUGCCACAGAGGCCCCAGAAUACCCAGAACCUGCCACGGAGGCCCCAGAACAUUGUGAGGCUGUCACAGAGGCCCCGGAAUGCCCAGAGCCUGCCACGGAGAGCCCGGAACAUUCUGAGCCUGCCACAGAAGCCCCAGAAUGCCCAGAGCCUGCCACGGAGAGCCCAGAACAUUCUGAGCCUGCCACAGAAGCCCCAGAAUGCCCAGAGCCUGCCACAGAGGCCCCAGAACGCCCAGAACCUGCCACAGAGGCCCCAGAACAUUGUGAGGCUGCCACGGAGGCCCCGGAAUGCCCAGAGCCUGCCACAGAGGCCCCAGAACACCCAGAACUUGCCACAGAGGCCCCGGAAUAUUGUGAGCCUGCCACGGAGGCCCCGGAACAUUGUGAGCCUGCCAGGGAGGCUCCGGAACGCCCAGAGCCUACCAUGGAGGCCCUGGAACAUUCUGAACCUGCCAGAGAGGCCCCGGAAUGCCCAGAGCCUGCCACGGAAGCCCCGGAAUGCCCAGAGCCUGUCACGGAGGCCCCCAAACACCCAGAGCCUGCCACGGGGGCCCCAGAAUGCCCAGAGCCUGCCACAAAGGCCCCGGAAUGCCCAGAGCCUGCCAUGUGGGUCCCAGAAUGCCCAGAGCCUCUCACAAAGGCCCUGGAAUGCCCAGAGCCUGCCACAGGGGUCCCGGAGUAUUCUGAGCCUGCCACGGAAGCUCCGGAAUGCCCAGAGCCUGUCACGGAGGCCCCAGAACACUCAGAGCCUGCAACAGAAGCCCCAGAAUAUUCUGAGCCUGGCACAGAGGCCCCGGAAUGCCCAGAGCCUGCCACGGAGGCCCCAGAAUAUUCUGAGCCUGCCACAGAAGCCCCAGAAUGCCCAGAGCCUGCCACAGAGGCCCCAGAACACCCAGAGCCUGCCACAGAGGCCCCAGAAUGCCCAGAACCUGCCACAGAGGCCCCAGAAUGCCCAGAGCCUGCCACGGGGGCCCCAGAACACCCAGAACCUGCAACAGAGGCCCCAGAAUGCCCAGAGCCUGCCACAGGGGCCCCAGAACAUUCUGAGCCUGCCACAGAGGCCCCAGAACGCCCAGAGCCUGCCACGGAGGCCCCAGAAUGCCCAGAGCCUGCCACAGGGGCCCCAGAAUGCCCAGAGCCUGCCACGGAGGCUCCGGAAUACCCAGAGCCUGCUACAGAGGCCCCAGAACGCCCAGAGCCUGCCACGGGAACCCCAGAACACCCAGAACCUGCAACGGAGGCCCCAGAAUGCCCAGAGCCUGCCACGGAGGCUCCGGAAUGCCCAGAGCCUGCCACGGAGGCCCCAGAACAUUCUGAGCCUGCCACAGGAGCCCCAGAAUGCCCAGAGCCUGCCACGGAGGCUCCGGAAUGCCCAGAGCCUGCCACGGAGGCUCCGGAAUGCCCAGAGCCUGCCACGGAGGCCCCAGAACAUUCUGAGCCUGCCACAGGAGCCCCAGAAUGCCCAGAGCCUGCCACGGAGGCCCCGGAACGCCCAGAGCCUGCCACGGAGGCCCCGGAACGCCCAGAGCCUGCCACGGGGGCCCCGGAACCCCCAGAACCUGCCACGGGGGCCCCGGAACGCCCAGAGCCUGCCACGGAGGCCCCGGAACGCCCAGAGCCUGCCACGGAGGCUCUGGAACGCCCAGAGCCUGCCACGGGGGUCGCAGAACGCCCAGAGCCUGCCACGGGGGCCCCAGAACACCCAGAACCUGCCACGGAGGCCCCAGAGCGCCCAGAGCCUGCCACGGGGGCCCCGGAACGCCCAGAGCCUGCCACGGGAGCCCCGGAAUGCCCAGAGCCUGCCACAGGGGCCCCAGAAUGCCCAGAGCCUGCCAUGGGGGCCCCGAAAUGCCUCAAGCCUGCCACAAAAGCUCCAGAAUGCCCAGAGCCUGCCACAGGCCCCCCUGGGCCUGCCAUGGAGGCCACAGACCCACCCAAGCCUGCCUCCAUUGGAGAGGAAGUAGCUGAGGGCCUGUUGGCACCUGAGCAGGGAACCGGUCCCAGUGCCUGUGUGCAUGCUGGUGAUGGAGCCGAGCCCCACUUGCCCCUGAAGGAGGCCCCAGGGGGUGAGAAUCAAGGGGCUGGAGGCCUCGAGUCAGCACCCCAGGGUGCUAGGAAGGCUCCUGGGGAUAGUGGCCCAGAGGUACAUCCUGCUGCUCGCCCCGAGUUUGGCCACACAUGGCCCCAGAGCCCAGUGGAGGAGGGAAGAGCCAACCCUGAGCCCAGGUCCCCCGUUGCUGUGGCCUCAGAAGCUGGGCUGGGCUCCUGCUCCAAGUUUCCACCGAGGUUCGUGCCCAGGCCUGGCAGGGGCUGCCCCAAAGAGCCUGCCCCCACCUCUCCAGCACCCUCUCGGCAGCCAGAGCCCGUGCUGGGCCCAGGCAGUGGAGAAUGGGCACAAGUAGCACCUGGAAGCCCCAGCUCGUCCCCAGCACAAGCCCCCAGAAGCCCUGCCAGGGGCCUGCCCAGUGUGCCCCAAGACAGGCUCCUCGUCCCAGAGCCCUCUGCUCCUGGGGUCCCCACAGAGGCAGCCCCAUGCCCCAUGGCACCCCUCGCCCCCUGCCCUUGCCAGGGCCCCAGGGAAGACUCAGAUGAGGGCAAGGAGUCCCCGGGCCCUCUGGGCCUCCAGCCGCCACGGGCAGGAGCCCAGCGGGCGGUGGCUGCCUUCUCAGGAACCACGAAACCUCCUGGGGCCGGGCAUCGGGUCAGCCUCCCACCCCACUCCCCGAUCCUCAGCCCCAAGACGGCCCCCACGGGGGACACCCAUGCCAAAGACCAGGCCUGGCGGAUCUCGCCCCCCUGCCAAGUGCCUCCUGGCCCUCGAGGGCUCCCGGCCGCCGAGCAGCAAGAUGACCAGGACAGCCUGGAGGAAGACUCGCCGCCGAGGGCUCCAGGAUCCGGCCAGCACUCGGACAGCCACGGCGAGUCGUCUGCAGAGCUGGAGGAGCAGGACCUCUCAGGAGCGCAGACAGCACAGUGCCCGGCCCAGGCCCCGGCAGGUGGCAGCAGCGAGGAGACCGUGGCCAAAGCCAAGCAGAGUCGUAGUGAGAAGAAAGCCCGAAAGGCUAUGUCCAAGCUGGGCCUGCGGCAAAUCCAGGGGGUCACCCGGAUCACCAUCCAGAAGUCCAAGAACAUCCUGUUUGUCAUCGCCAAGCCCGACGUCUUCAAGAGCCCAGCCUCAGACACCUACGUGGUCUUCGGCGAGGCCAAGAUCGAGGACCUGUCCCAGCAAGUGCACAGAGCUGCUGCCGAGAAGUUCAAAGUGCCCACGGAGCCUUCCGCCCUGGUCCCCGAGUCCGCGCCCGGGCCGCUGGUGAGGCCCGAGUGCGAGGAGGAAGAGGAGGAGGAGGAGGAGGAGGAGGAGGUGGAUGAGGCAGGGCUGGAGCUCCGGGACAUCGAGCUGGUGAUGGCGCAGGCCAACGUGUCGCGGGCCCGGGCAGUGCGGGCCCUGAGGGACAACCAGAGCGACAUCGUCAACGCCAUCAUGGAGCUCACCAUGUAGCCGCGGACCACCACCUGACCGCACAGCUCCGCCCCUGCCCCCGGCUCUGCUGCUCAAUAAACAGGUGUCUCCUCACGGCCUCUGCUCUGGCUCCUACCUGCCCGGGCGCGCUGCGGCCAAACGGGGUUUGUGAAUGGGUGGAGA